AGUCGUGGCAACACUGGGCGCAAAUCUCGUGUGGUGUGAUCUCGUGCAGGAACAGAAACUACACCGCUUAUGUAAUUGAUAACAAUUUACAAUAAUUGACGAGUGCGAGUAAAACUAGUUAAAGUGAAUCCGGGAAAGAUGGUCCUUGAGGAUUAUAAAGAAAUUGUAGGGCUUUGUGCCAUGUAUACUACGAUGGCACAAAUGUUAUCCGGAACGUUAAUAUGUCGUAACAUAAUCGUAAAAGGUUCGGCCAAAGGAGUUGAUCCAAUGCCCUUCCUUGGUGGCAUAGGACUAUCCAUAUUAAUGCUUCAGUACGCUUGGAUGUUAGGUGAUUCUAACAUGAUAAACGUUAAUGUAUUUGGUUUAUUGACAAAUAUGAUUUAUAUGAUAAUUUAUUACUAUUAUGCACCAAACACGAAAGAAGUGCUUAAAUUAAUAUAUAAAGUGACAAUCUUUGUUGUAAUUUUUCUUGUCUAUGCACAAAUAGAACAUCCAGCAAAUGUUGAAUUCAGAUUUGGGAUUGUGGUUACAAUACUUCUCUUCCUAUUAAUAGCAGCUCCUCUUGUACAUCUUAAACAGGUUAUAAAAACAAAAAAUACGGAAAUUCUUCCAUUUCCACUUAUAUUUAUGGGCACACUAGUUACAUUUCAAUGGCUAUUAUAUGGUUUUAUUAUUGAUAAUGUUUUUAUUAUUUUUCAGAAUGCAGUUGGCUUCACGCUCAGCAUAGCUCAACUAUCUCUGUUUUUGAUAUUUCCAUCUAAAGAAUCAAAAGAUGGAGUAUUAAAUAAGCAGAGAAAGGAAGAUUAAUCUUUACUUUUUCUAAGAGAAAAAUAUUUUUUAUAUUUAAAAUUAACAUUCCUAUUAAAAUUUUAUUAAAAAUAUUUUAAAUUUAUAAGAACAUUCCAUACAAUACAAUAAAAGACAAUGUUAAGCAUUUUAUAUGUAUAUUUUAUUAUACACUAUAGACAAAAUGAUCCCUAUUUACAUUUUGUGCAAUAACUGGUAAUAAUCAACGUUUUAAAUUGAAAACUUAACGAUUACACACCAGACAAUAUAUUGUUUAAUCGAUUUUAGGCUCAAAGUUAUGAAAAGGAAGAAGCAGAGCUAUUGUAUGUAGAAUUUAACUCGUUUUUUAUUUCUGUUGGGAUUUUUUUUUAAGGUUCAAUUACUUAACAGUAUUCGAUUUUUGCUAUUGUUGAAAAAUAUACUGACACGCGUAUUAUAACUGACUGCAAAACAGAUUAAUCGUAUAUUGUUGAAAAUUGUAGAUUUUUAUCAAAUACUACUUUCAUCAAUUUUUUAAUUUGAGAACAUUGUAAGAAUAAUUCUGUGUCCUCAUACAAUGAUGCUAAGCAGAAUAAAAUUUUCGCGCAUAUACAUUAAUUGCAUUAUUUUUGUAUAGCGAUAUUGUACAGCGAUACAUGGAACAUUAUUACUAUUGUAUUAUAUAAUGUAUUAUGAUUGUAUUAUAUAACAUAUAUUACUAUUGUAUUAUAUAAUGUUACAAAAAUUAGGAUUAUUACAUAAAAUAUUUAAAAUAU